ACACUUUUAAUAGAAAAAACUUUCUCUCCCUGUGAAGAUGUUUAGAGAAUCUGUUCAGUUCUGUUCUGACUUGGUUCUGUUGCAUAAUCUAGAGUUAGUUUAUCACUUAGUCUGGUUUGGUUUUCUCAUUCUCAGUUAAUAUUCCAACCUGGGAUUAAAAUGGGUGAACUAGUGUGAACCUUUAUACUGAGGUUGCUGUUGCAUCCAAAUUGUCCCUUUGUGGGACAAUAGAAGCUGUUUCUAUUUUAUUCUGUUUUGAAUCAGAAUGAAAAACUAAUUGAAUUGUAUUAAUGCAUAAAGUUAUAACUUUACUUGCACACAUGCUGCAUUACCACCAGCACCAAGAAUGUCUUAUCCUGUACAUCUCAACCACCAUAGCUCUGCUCCAUCACCAUCAAGCUAUCGACCUUCAAGCCACUGUAGCUCUGCUCCAUCACCAUCGAGCCACCGUAGCUCUGCUCCAUCACCAUCAAGCUAUCGACCAUCAAGCCACCAUAGCUCUGCUCCAUCACCAUCAAGCUAUCGACCAUCGAGCCACCAUAGCUCUGCUCCAUCACCAUUGAGCUAUCGACCUUCAAGCCACCAUAGUUCUGCUCCAUCACCAUCAAGCUAUCGACCAUCGAGCCACCGUAGUUCUGCUCCAUCACCAUCAAGCCACCGUAGUUCUGCUCCAUCACCAUCGAGCCACCACCCUUCUACACCAUCUCCAGUGACGCAGCAUAACGCUCCACCGUCUCCAGGAAUCCUCCGUUGUUCUUCCCGUCUUCAUCUCUCACUCCUCAAAAAUAUUUUAAUAAACCAGGAAGUUAUGAUGGAUCAGAUUAAAAUAAUUUACAAAACAAUCCAAGGAUUAGAAACUCCGUCUGAAGAUGAGUUCUUACUUUCCUCUUUCCCUCUAAACGAUCAACAAUCUGUUGAAGAGAUGGAAGCUGAACUUCAUGACAACCCUGAACUUCACAAGCAUCUGAUCACAGCUCUGGCUUUAAAGGGUGGAGGAUCACUGACGGAGUGUGUUGGAAGGAUUAUGGCAGCGCUCUUCACACACUCACUCAGCAAGCAGAUUAACUGGCGCGGUGUGAACGGGAAGAUCGGAUUCCAGCAUCUUCAAAUUAAAAAACUUGUGACUGUGGCUGUGCGGCGCAAUCGGCUCACCUCAGCGGCGACCGACAAGGAGAUCGAUGUGAGAAUCACCAAAUGGCUGCAGAACGCCGCCGAUCGCAACGGAGGGAGAAACGAAAGGAGGAAAAGAAGGAAAGUCUGAGCGUCCAGCAUGGAGGAGACUUUAAGGUCUAUACAUAUACAACAGUGUGUGUGUAUAUAUACUGUAUAUAUAUAUAUAUAUAUAUGUAAAUCAUAAAUUAUAUACUGUAUAUAUAGUUUGGUGGCACAUGGGCCCCAUCUGGUAAACCAGCCCUGCUCCAUGGGGGCCCAUCGUUCAUUGCACCAUGAGGACCAGAUGUUAGUACCAGCUGUGGGCCACAUCCGGCCCAGAACCCUUUAGCUAUGUGGGGUCAGGAAGAAGGGGUCGUGGCUGAUCUCUGGCCUUUGACCUCUGAAUGGUUGAUACUUUUUAAAACCUAAAGAUGAAAUAAAAAGCAACAUGUUUCUGUAUAUAUGACCUCAUUUCUCUCCAGAGUUAAAAUCAACAAGAGUUUAAUGAAUGUUUGCUUCAUCCGUCUUCAUCUAACAGGGAUGAUGGCGCCACCUGGUGGUCAUAGACAUCAUAUCAUUUCCAGGUGUUUUUAUUUUCUACUGUCCAAAUUUUAGUCAGUUAAAUAAAACAAUGGAUUUAUGUGAAUCAACACCUGUAGGAGAAUAAAUACUGGAAAAAACUUGUGAAAACAUAUUUAACAAUUUAACAAAUGUUUACAUUUUUUAUUUGAAUCUUUUAUUUUCAUUAUAGUGAUAAACUCUGUUCCCAUUUCAUGUCUUUGUCUCAGCAUGUUGGACAUUUUGUUCUGUUUUACAACCAAACGCCUGGAAAUCUCUAAGUUUUUGAUUUGUUGUUUUCAGUGAAGUGUUGUAGUUUGUUGUAGUUUGUUGUAGUUUUGGAUGUUUGGGAGUUUUUCCAUGCACUAAACCUUCAGACUGAAGAGCUGCAGAGACAAUCCUAAUUGUUUAAUGAUAUGAUUAAAGACAUUCUAAUAAUAAUAAUAUUAACAUUUCCACUGAAACAAACUGUGUUGUUUGCCAAGAUCUGAGCAGUAACCAUUUUUCACUUAUUGAAAUAUUUUUAACCUGAAGGAUCCAAAUAGAUCAAAUAUAAAUCCUCCUUUCACAACAUCUGACAUAUUAAACUCUCCAUCAGUAGAUCAUACACA